AUGAUACCAGCCGCCAACGACGUUCCCCAUCACCUCGAGAUGCCCGAGCUCGGGACGCAUCAAUUUGCUGAGAAUCUCGACUCAUCUACCGUUUCCGUCCCAACAGACUGCUGCAAGCCCAACAAGCCAUCAUGGCCUCGCAAGAUACACAUCGUCCUCGCGGGAAUCAUAUGCACCUUCAAUACCAACCUGGGAUCUUCAAUGCCCUCAGGUGCCCUUGUGGCUAUAUCUCAGAAGUUCUCCAUAACAAACAGCUUGCUCCUUGUGCUUCUCAACUCCAUCUACAUGGCCGGGUAUGUCCUUGGGCCACUGCUCUUCGGCCCAAUGAGCGAAUAUCUAGGUCGUCGGCCCGUCCUCAUUGGCACCUUUAUCGGAUAUCUGAUUUUCAUGGCCUGCUGCUCCGUAGCCCCAAACUACACAGCGUUGGUUGUCUUUCGACUGCUGUGCGGCAUCAGCGCCUCCGCCCCCCACAGCAUCGUUGGCGGUCUAUACUCGGAUAUAUUUGACAACCCUUCUCAUCGGGGCACAGCAAUGUCGCUCUACAUGUCGGCCGCCAAUGUAGGGCCGCUUUUGGGACCUCUCAUCUCUGGCUUUUCCUCCCAAAUAUCAUGGCGCUGGCCGUUUUUGUUGGCCGUUCUCAUUGCACUGCCUGGGUUGCCCCUCGUGCUUCUGAUGCCCGAGACGUACGCGCCCGUUCUCUACGACAAUGCGGUUCGGAAGCACAGGAAACAAGGGGCGGCAGUGGCAAGUAACCAGAGAUCCACAUCUCCUCGUCGUGCUUUAGACCCGCGAGAGGUUUUUGUCCGCCCCGCCAAGCUCAUAUGCACCGAGCCAAUUCUCCUCUUUACGUCCCUGUACAUCGCCCUUGCAUAUGCCAUUAUGUAUCUCACAUUUCAAGCGUAUUACAUCAUAUACCAAGAACACUAUGGACUAUCUCCUGGUAUUGCCGGACUGGCUUAUGUGCCGAUACUAAUUGGCGUAACUGUGGCAUUUACUCUCGGCCUCGUAUAUACUUGGUGGCAUGACAAGGCUUGCGCCGCCGGAAAGAGUUGGACGCAACAAGAGGUGUAUCGGCGGCUUCCCAUCGCAUGUUUUGCGGCACCAUGCCUCGUCACCUCCUCGUUUUGGAUUGGUUGGACGGCUUGGCCCGGGGCAACAGCUCCAAUUGUCCCAAUGAUUGGAGGUCUCUUUUUUGGCCUCGGCUCGCAAUUAGUCUACAUUGCCAUGAUCAACUACAUCACAGACAUCUACCGAGAGAGGUCGGCGUCGGCACAUGCUGCUGCGAGCGUGACUCGGUCUGUCGGAGCUGUGCUGCUGCCCUUGGCUGCUAGGCCAAUGUACAGAGACCUGGGCAUCCAUUGGGCUCCAUCUCUGUUGGGCCUCCUUUCCUUUGUCAUUGGCAUCAUUCCCUUUCUUCUCGUCCGUUACGGAGACAAGUCCCUCGCUAACCAGACCCUGCAGGCCUCGCCAUGGCCAAUGCUUCUGCGCUCGGAUACUUCAGGCCCUUCUCACCAUGUUCGUCGACAGGUUCAGCUUCUUUCACCCUCUGUCACUGUGCUGGCGAUCCUGGGCGCCAUUGCUGGUGUCGUCACUCCACUUGGUCUGGGUGAGAAACUCAUAUCCUUACGCGAACAAGGUGGGACAUUCGAAUACUCGCGAGACAUAACGGCAAAGGCAACUUCCACCGCUUCUGCGCCAACUAUUCCGGGGGCGGUUGGAUUCCCUGUCCAUACACGGGUGAUGUCGUGGAAGUGA